UUGCCGUCGUAUGAUAAUGCAUCUUUACGCAAGGCACUGCAUCUGCAAUCACCUUAAAAGCGACCAGUGCGGAAGUCAGUGCGGAACGUUUUGAAAUCGACAUAUCGGUUUUUGUGCAAUUUCCAUAAUGAUCUGAGAUAAUGUCCGGUACCCACUCUUCUCCUUAUAUCAGCGGCAAACAUGCGAUAAUCAUUUUGUUUUUAAGUUGUUUCAUCUGUUGUAUUAACGCUUGGAAUGCCACAAACAGUAACGGCACCGGUUCGCCAAUUCUGGUUCGAGCGGCGGUGAUCCUCACCGAAAACGCCACUGGUUUGAUGUACGAUAUGUAUGAUGUUCGCCCAGCGCUGGAAAUCGCUUUCAAGCGAUCUUUGGAAAUGUACAACGUUUUAUACGAUGUCUAUUGGAUUCCUUAUUAUAACGCCUGUCAUCAGGGGAAUGCACUGGGCAAAACAACGGAAGCCAUUCUGUUUGCGCCGUUCGUGGAUGUCGUCAUCGGUCCGGGUUGCAGUGCCGAUCUGCUCAUCGCCUGCGAACUGACCACGUACUUUCCCGUGCCCAUUCUGACCGGCGCGGCGGAACUGGUCGACACCACGUUCAUGUAUCCCUAUCUCAUUCGUUUCUCCUUUAAUACUUAUUCGUUAUGGAGGAUAUUUGUGGAAAUGAUGAAAUUCUAUCAGUGGAGCAAUAUUGUAAUCAUCCGCGAUUGUUGUGAUUAUCCAAAGAAUGUUACAGCGCAAGGUUUCAUCAACAUACUGAAGGACGAAAAUAUACAGCCUUACGAGAAUCAUUUUCUAACUAGAUCUCUAAACACUUCCAAGAAGAUCGAAGAAAUUUUAAAGGAAGCCUCUCGCUUUGGACGAAUUUUUGUGUUCUCGCUGGACUCAAUAUUGCUCCGAAGAUUUAUGUUGGCAGCGAAUCGCUUAGGAAUGUGCGAAGGAGAAUAUGCCUUUGUUGCCCUUGAUCUGUACCAAAACGACAUCAUCGGAUCGGGAAAAAAUGGAUGGCGACAGAACGAUUCCUACGAUGCGGCGGCUAAGCACGCAUACGCUGCGUUAUUUGUAUUGACACUUAUGGAUAAACGACCUUUACCGGAAUACCAGAAAUUUGAGCGUGCCGUGCGGAGGCAGGCUGAACGGGAUUACGGUCCAAGACAUUCUGUGGAUAUCAAUUAUCAUACAGGAGCCUUUCACGACUCGGUCAUCAUGUUUGCAUCGACGGUUAACUUAACUGUUGCCGAAGGUGGAAAGGUCGAUAAGGAGCACAUAAUUCCACUCACUCAAAGAUUCUGGGGCAUAAAAUGGGAAGGUGGCGCAAGUGGGAAAGUAUACAUCGAUCCGUUCGGUGACCGGUCGGAUGACCACUCAUUGUAUCACAUGAUUAGUGAAGAAUCUGGGGAAUUUGUUGUGGUCGCCAAUUAUUUUGGAUACAAAAAAAAUUACGAAGAAGUGGCAAACAUUUCCUGGCCCAACGGACGACCUCCACUGAAUAAACCAUAUUGUGGUUACAUGGGAGAAAGUCCGCUCUGUGUUGUUAAAGGGCUGCCCAUUACCGAAAUUGUGGUGGGCGUGGCUCUGGGAAUUUUGGUGUUGGUCGGAAUAACUGGCUUUCUAAUGUAUAAGCGAGCCAGAGAAGAAGUGAAUUUGUCGUCAAUGGAUUGGUUGGCACAAUGGAGUGAACUUACGUAUAACGAUGGAGCCAACCGGAAGUCGCACAACUCCGUGACAACGGUCAAUUCCAGCAAAACGGAAAGCACAAAAAAACACGACAAAAUGACGCUCAACUUUACAACCAGUAAUUCCUUCAGCAAAACACAUCAAGUGUUUUUUCGAGGCAAUCUGGUGCUUUUGCGAAUGUGUGAGAAGCGGAAAAUUGAAUUAACCAAAGAGCUACGCGAUGAAGUAAAGAGUGUGCGUAUCGUUAUACAUGAGAACCUCAUGCGAUUUGUUGGAGCCAUUCUUGGUCCAGAGCAGACGGCGGUGCUACUGGAAUUUUGUUCAAAAGGAAAUCUACAGAAUUUACUGACUAACGACGCCUUCAAACUGGAUGAUCUAUUUAAAACAUCAUUGAUUAAUGAUAUAAUUAAAGGAAUGAUUUAUAUCCAUACAUCACCAGUGCAUAUUCAUGGACGUUUAAAUUCUCGGUGUUGCUAUAUCGAUAGUCGGUUCGUACUAAAAAUCGGGGAUUAUGGUCUUCCAACGUUUUAUGAUAAUCCGCCGCCGUUUAGUCCGGAUAAUGAAUACUUUACGGCAUUAUUGUGGAGAGCACCGGAAGUGAUUAACCACACCACCGGGCGCACACAGGAAGCCGAUGUUUACAGUUUUGGCAUCAUCAUGCAGGAAAUUAUUCUGCGCGAAGAACCUUUCGCAAUGUAUCCACUCAGUGCCGAAGAAAGUGUUAGACGGGUUAUGAAAAACAUGGAACCACCUUUUCGACCAACGAUUAAAUCCGAAGCCGCUUCGGUGCCAUUAACUGCCCUAAUGGAAAAAUGUUGGGCACAGAAUCCUUCCAAUCGACCACGGUUUCAAGAAAUUCGAAGCAUUAUGCGACAAAUCUCCAGGAAUGACGAACAGCAGGGCAAUAUAAUGGAUGUUUUAUUGAGACGGAUGGAGCAAUACGCGCAGAACCUGGAAAGUCUGGUUGAGGAAAAAACGCAGGCAUUUUUGGAAGAAAAGCGAAAGAGUGAUCAAUUGUUAAAUCAACUUUUGCCCAAGGUUGUUGCCGAACAGCUUAAAAAGGGUCAGCCGGUCCAUCCAGAGACCUAUGAAAAUGUUUCUAUAUAUUUCAGUGAUAUUGUUGGAUUUACGACGUUGUCUUCCGAAAGCACACCCAUGGAAAUUGUGGACUUCCUGAACGAUUUGUAUACCUGCUUUGAUGGGACUAUCAUUCAGUACGAUGUGUACAAAGUAGAAACUAUUGGAGACAGUUAUAUGUGCGUUUCUGGAUUGCCUGUUAGAAACGGCUUGGAGCAUGCAGCCCAAAUAGUCAAAAUGGCGUUAAGUUUAUUAGGACAUGUGACGACUUUCAAAAUUCGUCACCGACCCAAUGAUCAGCUGAAACUGCGAAUCGGUAUUCACUCAGGGCCUUGCGUCGCCGGAGUUGUUGGGCUCACUAUGCCUCGAUACUGUCUGUUUGGGGACACAGUUAACACAGCAUCCCGUAUGGAAUCAACUGGCGAAGCUCUUAAAAUCCAGAUCAGUUCAGCUACUAAAAUCCUUUUGGACACCUUCGGUACCUUUGAAUGCGAAGAGCGAGGAGAAAUUCCGGUCAAAGGAAAAGGUCAAAUCCGGACGUUUUGGCUUUUACGGGAACAAGUCCAGUUGACGGUGUAAAAGAGAGAAUACUCGUGCAUUUUGAUCUUGUUAAAGUGGCUUCCUUCCUAAAUUUAAAAACAAUAAUGGACGUGUUUGUCGUUGAGAACUAUGCAGUUACAGUUAUUUAAUAUGCUUCCUAAAAUUUACUUAAAGGCAGAGUAUUCUUUUAUUGAUAAAAAAAUUUGUUAGCUUGUGAUCUCGAUGAUGUACAGUAAGCCGGCCACGGUGCGGAAAUGGGAUAUUUACGUGAUGGUGAAAUCGUUUGGGUUGGCGGGAAAUC